GUCCCCAAAAUGGCCACCACACGAGGUCUACAACAUCUCUCCAUUCUUCUGUUACUUCUAGUCUCGGCCAAUGGCCUAGCCCUGGGGGGCACAGACAGGGGCGGCUCCCACAGGGGCGCUGUGUCAAGGGGGGCUGGCGACCAGUCCCCCCUGGAUUUAGGGGGCGAAUUAGUGGGCACCAACAGCCAGGAACAGCUGAUUAUGGACGAGAGAGAGGCCGAAGUCAGGGAGGCUCUGUUGAGAGAGUAUGAGGCCAUGCAGCAACAGGAACGCAACGCGGCCUACCUAGCCCUGCUUCUAGACAAGUUGCGCUCGCUGCCGCUAGUUGCGCAGACUGCCGCCGUGGCGCCACCGUCGCCUCCCCAACAGGAACAGCUGAUGAUGCCUGUGGCUGCCCCCCUACAGCAACACCAGUACUACCGCAAUCAGCCCGAGGAGAAGAAAAGCAAUUACAUCAGCUAUUGUCACUUCAAAAUCUGCAACAUGGGAAAACGGAAAUGGAACUAGAAGCUACAAUAAAAUACAUAAGUUUUGAAUAAAUAAUAUCUCGCUAUCAAAUCAAAAAUUGAAAUCAAAUUCACAAAAAUUGGAGCAUUUGUCAACAAUAAUCUAUUGUGAAAAUGACAAAUGUUUUCGAAAAAAAAAUACAAUCAUUAUGUGAGUUGUUGGGUGAUUUAUUCCCGGGGAAAUUAAUGUUUUUCAUAAGAAAUGAGUGUAAAAAGAAGAGUUUGCCAAGAGAUUCAAAUUUUCCGAUAAAAAUACAAUACUGUAUCAAUAUAAUCUUUCCACUGAUUUUUCUAUGAAAUCAGAUAUUCUUCAUUAAUUUUCUUUCAAAUAAUUUGGGAAAAUUCAAUGUCUCAUAAAAGAGAAAACAUCCAAAUUCCCACUACACGAUAUGUUUGUAAUUAUUUCAUUUAUUUUCUCCCAAAUAACUUGGAAAAAUUCUAUGUCUCAUGAAAAAAUGCCAUUCAAAUUCCCACAUACAAAUUCUGGAUUGAUCAGAUGUCUCCAAUCUUGUAUCUAAUGCUUCAUAAAGCUUUCUCUUCUUUGGCCCGGUUGCAAAAAGGCCGGUUAAAUUUCAACCCUGAUUAAUUUCACAAGAACCAAUCAGAGAAACCGUCUUUAAAAAAAAACCUUCGCUGAAUGGUCCUCGUGGAAUUAAUCAUGGUUAAAAUUUAACCGGCUCUUGUGCAACCAGCUCAUUUACUAUAAAAUCGAAUGUCAAAACUUUAUCUAGUUCCAUAAUAAUAAUUAAGGCCUAUUCCGCACAUAUAUUCUAAAUUAUUUACUCCCAAGAUUUAUUUUUGUUGAUAGAGUUGUCGUUCAAUAGUGGGUAAAAUACCCACUUCAUUGUAGAGAUCACAACACUUUAAAAUGAACAAUACAUUGAAACAAAUUAGAGAGAAUCCUAUGGACUUAAAUAAAAAUACUAAGAAAUUGUCGAUGAUCCUAUAGACUUGUUCACAUAUUUCGGGAAUCCCAGAACAGUUUCUAAAAUAACAGUAAGCUCACCGGAGAAAUAAUGGAAGUAGGGAGGUUGAGCCGGUUCUGGAACCACCGGCGAUAAGCAGCCUAACCUAACCUAACCUAAUUAGGCUGCUCAUCGCUGGUGGUCCCAGAAUCCCCUUAUUAUUACUACUAAUGGAAAAUUCUAUACACUUGUUUCUAUCAUUGGAAAUUCUCAGAGCUAUGUUCAAAUUCCAGCUAUUUUUUCAACAAAAAAAAAUCAUACAAACAAAUCCUCAAAAAACUACAAAAUUCUUUACACUUUUUUCCAUUAUUGGAAAUUUUCUACGUUCAAAUUCCAGCAAUUUCUUCAACAGAAUCACCCAACCAAAUCCUAAAAAAACCCAAAAAACACAGAAAACAACAGUAUAUAACAUGUAAGAUUCAUAGGUUUAACAGCUUUCUAGUGGUUGAACUAUGAGAUAAAACCAGUAAUUCACAAAAAGUUAAUUAUUUAUUGAUUAUUUUAAGUAACAGAAUCUUUCAAUUUAGUUCCUUGUUUGGGUAGUGCCUAGCAGUAGAGAGCAUAGUUUAUUAGUUUAGUAAAUUAUAUCUAUUUAUAAACAUUUUUGAUUAUUAUUUACACAAAUAUUAUGUAAGUUUAAACUUCUAUGUGCUGGUUGCACAAAAGCAGAUUAAAUUUUAACCGUGAUUAAUUUCACGAAACCAUUAGGAAAAGCUGUCUUCAAAAACGCCUUCUCUGACUUGUUCUCGUAAAGUUAAUCACGGUUAGAAUUUAACAACCUUUUGUACAACCGGGCCUUUAAGUUUAACUUGAUUAGUUUUUUGAAACCCUGAUUUCCAAUGGAUUUCUAUUCUCCAGAAAGCAAAUACCAUUGUUUCUUAUGGAAGUGUUCACACAACUGCAGUCUGCUUAUGUGUGAAUACUCCCAUAAGAAUCAAUGUAAUAUUCUUUCUCCACUGGGCAGAACAGUAGUUCAUUGUAAAGUAUGGUUUCAGUUAGUUCACUACUUUGCUUUAUUUAUAUUAUAAUAAUAUAUUUUUGUAGUUGAUUUUUUAGUAUUUAGUACAUGUAUCCUGUGUAUUAACAGUUGUUAUAAUUUUGGGAUGAAUCAGCAUGUGAUUGAUCAUCUAUUUGCUAUGAAAAUUCAUAUUUCGUUUAAAAUUAUAUCGGGGAAGAAAUAAUUGAAUUAUUCAUUAUUUCAGAACAAUUUACCAAAUUGAAGUUAUAAUUUUGUCAGGAAACAUUUCAAUCUAUAAGUAUUGCAGCAAUUUUCAAAGAAAUUCAACAUUCGUGAACCUAUUUAUUAACAAUCUCAAAUGGGAGAAUCUCGUUGAAUUAUCAAAUUUGCUACAACGUAAUGAGCCUCUGUAAAUAAAAAAUUGAAUAAACGUUGAAUUUUAACGG